UCCUGUAAAAUGGUGAUCUUCUAGUGACAGGUCAGUCCUAUGAAAAUAUGGUGAGUGAGAUCAUGUCAAUGGGUUAUGAACGGGAACAAGUAAUUGCAGCACUGAGAGCCAGCUUCAACAAUCCUGACAGAGCAGUGGAAUACCUCUUAAUGGGUAUCCCUGGAGAUAAUCAGGCUUUGGCUGAUCCCCCUCACACGGCUAGCACUGUUUCUCAGUCUUCAGCAGCGGCGGCAGCAGCAGCAUCUACAACAAUGACUACUAGCUCUUCAGGAGGACAUCCACUUGAAUUUUUACGAAAUCAGCCUCAGUUUCAGCAGAUGAGACAAAUUAUUCAGCAAAAUCCUUCUUUGUUGCCAGCAUUGCUACAACAGAUAGGACGGGAAAACCCUCAACUAUUGCAGCAAAUCAGCCAACACCAGGAGCAUUUUAUUCAUAUGUUGAAUGAGCCAGUUCAAGAGUCCAGUCAAGGUGGAGGAGGAGGAGGUGGUAGUGGCGCCAGUGGUAGUGAAGGAGUAGCAGAAGCUGGAAGUGGUCACAUGAACUACAUUCAAGUAACACCUCAGGAAAAAGAAGCUAUAGAGAGGCUAAAGGCAUUAGGGUUUCCUGAAGGACUUGUGAUACAAGCAUAUUUUGCUUGUGAGAAGAACGAAAACUUGGCUGCCAACUUUCUUCUACAACAGAACUUUGAUGAAGAUUGAAAAGGAGAGACUUUAAUCUCAUACUUCAUGCCAGUGCAUUACAAUAACAUUCACUGGAUUGUCUGAGAUAUUUGGGCUCCCAUUCACAAUAUUUGGUGUGGGGGGUAUAGGAAAUGGAGCAAGGAAAAAUACAAGCAUGUCUACUUUAAAUUGGCAAACGUGGAAAAUCACACAAUUUAAAAUAACAUACAGUCAAAAAUCAGCUUCUGUAGAUAUUUAGUUCCUUCUAUAAACUGUAGGUUAACUGUUUUCUAGGUUUUCACUCUAACUAUACUAGUUUAAGAAAAUUAGUUUAAUGCCCUGCUUCAUGGUUGGUUGUGGGUUUUUUUUGGGAGAGGGGUGGGGUUAGGGGGGAGGUUAACUUAACACUGGUAUUGGAGUCUACAAUCUGUAUUUCAUGGCAACACUGGAUAAUGGCUUUGUGAAAUUUAAAAGAUCUGAGCAAGUGUAAAUGCCAAAAUAUAGGUGGUAAUUUUGCUGCUUCAGAUAAAUUACUGCAAGAAGCCCAUUUUUCAUAUUUAAUAUUGAGUUAAACUGAAUUCCUUCAAAUGAAAAUCCAUUACUGAUUAAAAAAAAUUUCUUGAUCAUUAAGUGAGGCCUCCUUCUAGCAUGAUUUGAGAAGCUGUAUGCAUACAAGCAAGCUUAUUUUCUUCUUUGCAUUUCUUAUUUUGGGGAAAAAUGAUAGCUAUCUAUUGUUUACUUCAAUGUUAUUUUGCAGUAAAGACUUUUCUAAAAACAACUAGUGCAUAUUUAGUUAUUUAGUUUUAAUGUAUUCACUCUUGGGGCGUUUUUGCCAGUAAAGGAAAUGUAAGCUUUCUUUUUUUCUGUUCUAGUGAGAGACUAUUAUCAAGUCAAAUUUCACUUUCCUACUUUUCUGUUAAAGUUAGUCCAACAAAUACAGCUGGAAGCAUCUCAGAACUAGGUGUCUAAUAUUUGUAAUACCCUAAACUUUGUUUUCAUUGUUGGGAACACAUGACCAUUCUGAAGCUCUUGGCAUUAUAUUGUUCUUGAAUAGAUGGUACUGUUCCAGAGAGUUAUCUUCAGUAAGGAUAUUGUAUGGUUAAAUUACUUUGUGAGGAAGAGAAGUUUGGAACUUGAGAAUUAAGCAGUCAAGUUAUUGCAUCCCAGCAGAUUAUGCACACCUACUUUUCUUUCUAUUAAAAAUAAGCCCUAACUGUAGAGCUCUGAGCAUUAUUUCUUGGUGCCUCUCUGUCAUUUAUUUUGUAUAAUUAACAGAUAAUUUAACAAUUGUUCCUUUUGGUAUGUUUUGGUUUAAAACUAACGGACAAAAUUGUCUCUAUAGUGUGGGGGAUGAAAACAAAUCCUAGCUUCUCUGAAGAGUCUUUUGUACAGCACUUCCUGAACGCAGCUUGGGGAUGUUUUGAGCUUAUGUUGUCAUAUUCCAGUGAACUUCCCUGUCUUGUCCAUGUAAAUAAAGCCAUUACUUUUUGUCCGUAAAAGCAACUUUGAUUUGGCUCUAGAAUACUGAAGAAAAUUAUUAAUAUUUUUAGUUGUACAACCCUGAAUUGUAGAAAGAUUUUCUGCAUGGAAUAUGUAGAAGUAGAUUUAAUUGCUACUUAUUCUCAAAGAACAAGUUAUGUAGCUCAGAAAACAAGGUAGGGAGGGAGAAAUAGUGAAACAUUUCUCUUGGUGUUUCAUUUCUUCAUUGGCUGACUUUUUUUUUU